AUGCUCGAACCAGAAACAGACACGAAACGUACAGCUGAGUUAGAAACUACAGUUAGAACUCUCCAAGAAGAAAAUGAGAGGCUACAAAAAUUACUACGUGCUCAUGCUCUUAGUAUUGAUCCGCACUCUAAAGUGCCAUUAUCGCAAAAUGUUCCAUUCCAUAAAGAGAAUAUACACGACGAUAAUUGUUCAACUCCUCCCACAACUUCAUCUAAAAUUGGCAGCAAUUAUUCGGUUGACGAUGAUCCAACAACAACAACUUCUAGUCCGAGACCUUCUUCAUCAUCUAACAAUAUCAACAAUGGUGGAAUCAGUUUCGAACAUUCAGAUAUAACUCUUAAUCAGAGUACACUGAAUACAAACAAUCAAACAUCAACUCAAAAUGUAAAUUUAAAUAAUUUAGGACCAACCAAUCAGCAGAACUAUGUUGGACAAACAGUCCUAGGGGGUCAAUCGAAUAUAACACCAAAUUUUAACACAAUAAUACAAACAAAUACAACACCAUUUGUUCAAAAUAACUCCAAUACAUUAGUACAAAAUAAUACAAAUUUAAUACAACCAAUUAAUCUCGUUAAUUUUAACAGUGUUAGUUUAGACUCAUUCCAUUCAUUAAAUUCGUUUCAACAACAACUUCAACAACAUGCAGGUGGUAGUCUAUUUUUUGCACCAAAUGGUGUUGUUUACGUUUCAUCAACAUCACAAAUUGGUUCAACGUCAACAAUAACAAGUUCUGUAAUAAAUACAAGCAGUACAUCAAUAUCAAAUAUAACAGCAACAACGCACAAAAAUGAAAUUGCCGAUCGUUCUUCUCCUUCGUUAAUUCAAAAGUCAUCGUCGCCAAAUUUACCUGAUACACAAGUAUCGUUUUCAAAAUUUAUUCAAAAUAACUUUCUUGAUACAAAUUCAACAUUUUCAAAUACACAUAGUAUUUUACCAUCUUUGCCGACCACAACGAAUCAGAUAAACGAUCAAAAUAAAUAUUAUUUUUGUCAACAAAAACAACCAAAUGAACCCAUUCUCACAAAUGCAAUCUCAUAUUCUUCUACUACUUCACCGACGAUUACGACAAAUACACCAACAGCAAUUAGUACUACUACCACAGCAUCACAAUCGAUCCGACCAAGGCCGAUCGCCGUCUCAUCCGCGAAUGAUAUUGAGGGAAAAUCAGUUGAUGUACAUAUGUCAAAUGGAAAUUCAAAUAACGACACAAAAGACGAUUCUCAAGCAAACGCGAUGGGAAAUGAUGCUAAUACACAGAAACAAAAACAACCGCGGCCAAUAAGACCUAAACCGUCAUCCAGAGCGAACUCUGUACAGGUUUAUACACCAAUAAUUAUCAAUGACAUGAAGCCAACAAAUUAUAUGCAGCCAAAUAUGCAACCGAUUAGUGUAUCACAUCAGAUUCCCAUACUUCCGUCGAAUACACAAUCGAGUACAUCAAAUUAUGGUACACCAGUACUCGUCCAUUCUAACAGCCAACCGUUAUCGUCUACAACGACAAAUCUUCCAGUAUUAUCACCGUCAACGGAAAAUUCUAAAACAGCAAACUUAUUACCGUUUGAAGGAACAUCGACAAAGUUAUUGCCUAUGAGUAAUACUAAUAACAGUAAUAUCACUAUUUCAACAAAUAACACACUUAUCCGACCAAAAUCUGUUGAUGUUGGUAGUUUAUCAUCAAUAACGUCAAAUAAUACAAAUAACAUUUUAACAUCAAGUUCAUUAUCUUCAGUGUCAAUUAAUACGUUACCAACAACUGUAAGAAACUCAACAUCAACAACGGUGAGCACUUCGUCAUGUAAAGUGAAAAAUGGAAAAGUACUACGCACUCGUACAGGCUCAACAACAUCAAAUCGGGGUCGGAAAAAAGCAGUUGAUACGAGUAAUACCACAAUAACCACCACAGUAGAAUCACAAUUAUUACCGAUGCAAUCUAAAACAUCUGCUCCUGCACUUGUUCAAAUAGCACCGAAUCUACAACGAACGCUUAGCACUCCAGGUAUGCGACCAUUAGCACCUGCUAUUCCGGGUACAAAUCAAAAUCGAUCAUCGAUGCCUAAUACUACAACAACAAUAAGCAAGAAAACUACAAAAAAGAAAAAUCUAUCAAAUUCUACAAAACAAUCGAAAACGAUUGUACAAUAUCAUAGUGAAAGUGUUCUAUCAACUAAUUCUGCCCUUAAAACAUUUCAAACAAAUUCUCUCGUACCAUCACGUCCGUCUUCUGUACAAGAUUCAUCUAACAUAGUUUUGCCUUUAACACAAUCACUUACAUCUCCACAACAACAAGACGUUUUCCAAGAAGAAGCUGCAAAACUCUUUCAAAAAUUAAAUCAAGACAUUUUAUCGACAAAUUUGAUUGCACCAGAGCAACAACAAAGUGGUAAUUUGUUGUCGACUGAAAUAGGUUCUAAAGAUACAUCGAUCAGUUUACAACAUCAACAAUCAUGGACAUCGUAUUCAGCACAACAAAGUAUCGAGCAUUCUUGCUCAUCUCCAACUACGAUAACAAAAAAUCGUCAAAGUCUUGAUCAAAUUGAUGUUAGACGUAUUGUGACAAAUACAUUAUGUGAAACCAACAACAUUCUGACACCAUCAAAUACUCUUCGACAGCGUGCAACGGAGUCUACAUUUCAAACGAUGUUAAAUAAUAAUCGUCCCAUUCAGGUGCAGAAUAUUUAUCCUCAAAGCACGUCGACGACUAGUAUGCCGACAUUAGAGGAAUUUUUUAAUUCGAAUGAACAUGUUGUCGAUUUUGAAAAUUUUGAUGUUGCAGCAUUAACAGCAACGGAAGGUUUGAGGAAUGAUUACGGUGUUAGCGAUCAAUUAAACAUUUUGUCAGCGACAACAACUGCUGAUACAUUGAGAGCAGAAGUAAAUAAUAUGAAAAAACUUGAUAACAUUGUAGAAGAUAAUGUUAAUUAUGCUGGAAGCGACGUUGAGAAUGAAUGUGAUGAUGAUGGGGUGGUCGAUGAUGAUGAUGUAAUUAUCAAUUCAUUUAGCGAACAAACAUUUGAAGAUUUAGCAGAACAUUUUGAUUUGGAACAAGUUAAAGCAACGUUUAAUCAGUUAGGUGUCGAUAAUAAUGAUACGACACUAGCGAAUUUAAUAGAGAAUGUGAACGAUGAUACAUCCAUUGUUGAUAAAGAGCAAGUGCAACAUAUUGAACAGUUUUUACAAGAAUUUCAAGGAGCAGAUAAUUUGUUACAACAAUUAACGACAAACGAUAAUUCAAUGUAUUAUUUUGGGGAUCAACAUUCGAAUUUUAAUAAUCAUCAUCAAAAAUCGUCAUUAAUGAACAAUAGUAUAUCAGUGACAACUGUUCCAUUACAGACAACGAUCGAAUACACUCCACAAUUUCAGCCAACGACAUGGUACAAUUCAACACCCACGGCUACUCGAUUAAUGCCUGACGAAGGAACACAAUUAAAACCUAUUAACAUUGAACCAUUAGCAUUUCAAGAAAUUCUCAAUGAUUUACAAAGAUCGGUCCAACCAGUUGUCCAUCAGACAUUGUACUCGCACCAGCAACCAUCAUCUCUUACGUCUUCUCCACAUGGGCCAAAUAUUAUCUCUCAAGAUUAUCCUUAUUUAAUACCAUCUACUAAUAUUCAACCAGCUAUUAUUAAAACACCAUUAGCUAGUUAUUCAUCUUUCAUUGAGUCAAAUACAGCUCCGCCAACUAUUUUGACUGUACCAUUAUUAACAAGUAACGACUUAAUACCAAAUUCUGGUCAAAUAAUUAUUCAGGAAGAGUCUUCAUCUUACACGUAUAAUGUCGAUAAUCUUGAUGUACAACUUAGUUAUUUUCAAGAACAACAAGAUCUAUUACAAAAACAAUUGGAAGAAUGUCAAACGUUAGAAUUUCAACCGGAUCAGUUAGAGCUUAAUGAGCAAAAUACUACUGCCAUUGAAUUAAGCAAUGAGGAACAACAACAACAAACCGCAUCGAUUACAAAUGCUGUAAACCAUUUUGUUCAGGAACAAAUAUUAACGCCAUCACAGCUUGUACAAUCAUGUUCAUCACAAUCAUCCCCUAAUAAUCGUUUAGAAUCGCCAAGACAUCGUGAACAACAUAAAUUAAAUUCACCGUUACCACGUCCGUCUUCGCAGCCAAUACCAGUUACAUCAAAAUCUUCAUACAGUGGUUCACCAAAAUUCCAAAACGCAUGCAAAAUAACGUCUUCGUCUCCUGUUAAAAUCUCCAAUCAAGAGCAACAGUCUACUGUUAUACAUGAUGAAAUGGAUUUUUGUUGGUCAACAAACGGUGACCAAAAAGAAGAACGAAAUUCUUCAUUUGACCAAUUUUCUGUUGAUCAAAAUUCAACAAAUGUUGCAACCUCAUUUUUACAAUUUGAUCCAACGACUACUUCGUCGUUUGAACAACAAUGUUACCAGAAUCAUGAUCAAGCAGAAGAAACUGCAACAACUAUGCAAAUUGAUUUUAUCGAAAAUGUCGAUUCAAAAGUGCAAACAACAGAAAAAAAAUCAGACAAUCUAUUUGAGAGCAUUUCCGAUAAAGACAAAGAUUCGUCCCCACCUCAUAAUCAAAUUACAAUAUUACCGACGGCAUUCGAUGUUGAUACUUUUUCAUCGCCCUAUUCAACAGCUGCCUCUAAUUCGGCCAUAUGUAAUCGUUCUCUAUACUACUUUGAUCGUAAAGAAUUGACAACUCCUAUUCGUGUAACAUCUACAUUAAAAACAAUAAAUCAGGAAUUAUCAUCCUUAAAUCAACCAUUGUUAUCCUCGCAAGAUCAUGAAACAAGUUUGAAUUCAUCAAGUACACUAAUCGAUAUUGAUUCGUUAUUAACACCCACAAAAGGGUCUGAGCCUGUUAAAUCGUCAUUAUUUUGUCAAACAGACAAAGAGGAUGCAUCCGAUACCGUCUCCUAUUCUCCUAUUUCAGAUACAAUGGGUACAUCUGUAUUUACUCAUCACGCAGCAACUAGUCCGGUGGUUUUGUCACCGUCUGUUGUUUCAACGCAAUCAUCAUCGUCAACAGUUAUACAACCGACUACAACAGAAGCUAUGUCGAAAAUACCACAUAAACCUUGUAUUAUAUUUGAACCAAUAUCUUCACCGUCAAGUGCAUCGUCACCAAAUCAUUCUCCAUUGAAAUAUAGUAGCAUCAGUAGUAAUUGUGCCGAUGAUAAUAACGAUUCACCGCAUCGUUCCGUACUGUGUACAUCAUUUUUAAACAAUACAACAGAUAGUUUGCUACCGUUAUUAUCAACAGAUGAUUUAGUCAAACAAAAUUGUGACAAUAAUAAAUUGUUUUUUACAAAUUCCCCAAACCAUGAACGUUUACCGCCUGAAACGGCAGAUAACGACGGGAUUUUAAUUGUUGAAGAAGUGGGCAAAAUAACCGAUAUAUGUACAAAACGAAUGAAUUUUGUACAAACUGAAUCAAAUUCGAAUAGUGAUGACGAUUUAGAACAGUUAUUAUUAGAAUCAAAUCAGCAACAACCUCACCAAUGUAACACUGAUGAUAAUGAAACUAUUGAUUUAACUAACAGUAUUAUAGAAACACAAGGAGUUAUUAUUGAUGGUGAUUCAAAACCAUCGAUUAGUUUUUCUGUUGAUGAUAUUGAUUCAUUGGUUGAUCAAUUAGAAAAUGACAGAACCAUUGAUGAACUGACAAAUUUAAAACGGAAGUCAAUAUCAAUAACAUCGCCACUUAUUUUGCCAUCGGAUGAUGAAAAUGAAGUAUGUACCACAGCCAAAAAGAAACGUCGUUUAACAAUAAGAACGAGUACAGACUCAAUUAAACAUUCAUCUCUUCCGCUAAUGGAUAGUUUUUAUAGUCCGGUAUCUAUGGACGAAAAUGAGCAUGAACAAAUAACGACAACAGCUACUACUAUGAUCAAUAAACGUCAACCAUUAGAAAAUAUUUAUUUACGUUAUCGUAGUCAACAUUUUAUUAAUCAAGUAAGAAGCGUCAAUUUGAGCAUUGUUAAUCUUCGUAAAACGGAUUCUCAACUUGGUGAAUUAGAAGUUGAAUUAGUCCAAAAUUCUGACUAUCCAUCGUUGAUUACAACCAAUGAAAAAGAACAAAACGAUAAUCAGCAACAGUUGAUCAUUGAACAAAAAGGAUCUUUGCCAGAAAAUAAGCCAAUUGAACAAAUGCAUAUAUCACUAAAAGACAAUGCAGUAUUAGUUCAUGAACAAAAUUCCACGUGUAAAAGGACAGAAAGAAGACAUAAAAAGAGCAAACGUUCACUAAAAAUUGAUGAAAUACCAAACGAUGAUAUUAAAGUAGAUGAACAGUACACAAGUUCACCGACUAUUAAACUAAAAUUUAAACAAGAUGCGACAACUGAAAAAGUCACAAAUAUUUCAGAGGCAUCGACAGCAAUGAACAAAAAGAAAGAAAUCUCUGUUAGCGAUGUUAACUGUACAAUUUUACAUGAAGAAAAAGAAAUAAAAACCGCUAAUAUUGAUAACCAUCUGAAUAAGAAACAUAAGUCAUCAAGAAAACGCGAUAAAAAAGGACAUCAUACUGACACAAUGGUACUCAAUCAACACUUGACUUAUUAUCAUACUCCGUCUCAGAUAGUUGAAAAAGAGAGAGAACAACCAUUGUUGACUGAAUCAAAUCCAUUUGAUUUAUACGUAUUUGAAAAACAUGAUCAUGAAAUGACUGAAUUAAACGAAACAUUGACAGCAAUACCGAAUCAUUCGUCCUUGUAUAAUUCGGUUAAACGUCGUUCAAAGAAAUCAAAUAAAAAACGUCAACAACAACCGGUGGAUAAUGAAAAUGAAUCAUACAGUAGAGAAUCAACGAAUUAUGCUGAUUUAGAAACUGUGAAAUUUACAAUAGCGUCGCCAGUCCCAUCCAGUGAACCCACCGACCGACCACCUCUACGUAUAACAAUUCGAAAGAAAGAAACACUAUCACGACCAUCAACGAGACAUGGCCCAUCGUCGACAACGACUGUGGCAGAAAUAAUUCAUGUUGAACAUCCUGAUUGUAACUUAGGAACAGUAUUAGUUUCACCAUCGCCAAAAAUAACAAAGAAAAGAUCAAAUACUAAAAAGAUUGUGAUCAAGGAAAUGAAGGAGAGUGAUCAUGUUCAAAUACAAAAUCAUGAGACAUUAACUAAUGGAACAGUCACUUCAAGUCAACCUGAUGAAUUUGUGCAAAACAACGUGGAUGAUGAUGAAAAAAAUUCACUUUUGUCUGAAACACCUACGGGUUUGAAGACAAAAGCUAAAAAAUCAAAAACAUCUCGUCAGCGUCGCGGUAAAAGUAACCGUAGUCAUCAGUCGAAACGUUCAACAAAAACAAAAGAUCAGUUUGAAAAUGAAGACAAUAAUAAAGCGAUAACAACUGAAUAUGCUGGAUUAACAAGAUUUGAAGCACAAAUGUUCAACUGGGCUCAAAAACCAACUACACAACAACCGCAUACAAUUGAACGUGAUGAUGGAAAUAUACAUAACAGUGAUAGUGAUGUGAUAUUAAUUAAUUCACCUGCGCAAUCGCCUUUUAUACAACAAAAACUCAAACCAAAAGAAGAAUUGAAAAGAAACGAUGAUAUUAAGUCACCGUCAAUUAUUGCUAAGUCUAAUGAACAACCAAUCGAUACUAUUACUUCUACUGUUAAUGUAGAGACAAAAAUAACAGAUAAUCUUCCAGAAACAAAGUGUAUUGAAACUAUUGAAAAAGAAGUAUGUUCAAGUAGUAAUGAUUCACAUCCACACUCACAAGAAAAAACGAUAUCUCGUACAACCACACCUCGAGCACAAAUCGCUCUAGAAACACCUUCAUCUGUUGCUUCACCGGCGCAACUGUUACCACCUCCACCUUUGAUUCAUAUUGAAGAUAAUCAUUGUCAAGAAUUACCAUUAACAACAUCAGCGUGUAUUGCAGCAUUUCCAGCCACUCAAUAUUCAUCUGUUUCUAAUAAAUUAUUAGCUAAUUGUGAUAAACGUUUGAAUGAUGAACUAACCGCUUUAGCUACGAAACAAAAUAAAAAUAAUGAUGUUGAUAAUUUUGUAUACCACCCACAUCCGAAACAAAAAGCGAAAAAUUAUCCUCGUCUAUUAGAUGCUGAACAUUUUUCAACAUUAAGUCCAACAACGCCACCAUUACCAAUAAACCAUACAAAAUCCCAAUAUCCUAUCAAAAAUAGUUCGCAUUCUGAGCAGUUGUCGUCGUCUCAUGGAAACUAUUGUAGUUUUACGAAUAGAUCCAAAUCGCCACCUAAAACACCUACAUCUUUCUCUCCAAGUAAAAAAUCGUCAUCAUCGUCGUCAUCAUCGUCAUCAUCCACAUCUCAUCGUGAAAGUAAUAACAAAACUUCUCAAAGUACUAAUAAUUCUUCCUCUUCAAAUAAAUCCUCAUCUCACAGAUCAUCAGAGAAGAGAGAUCAUACAUCUAAUUCAAAUACUAGUUAUCAGUCAUCUUCUCAAGAGCAACAGCAACAGCCACAGCCUUCGUGCCGUUUUCCAAAAUCGAAAGGUAAUACAAAUUAUUAUCAUCCAUUUCCAACUCCUUUUCCUUUACCCACCGAUAUGGCAUCGUCGUAUUUUACCAAUAAUCUUGUACAAAGUGCUUCAAUAGCGGCUGCUCAACAACAACAACAGCAGCAGAAUAAUAAUCACAGUAACAGCUACAGUCGUCACAAUAAUGAUAAUCACCAUCAUUCUCGAAAAAAUCAAACAUCAUCAUCCCACCAUCGUAAAACGUCAAAUGAACCAUCAUCACGUAAUCCAUUUUCUAGUCAUUCACGUUCAUCUUCAUCCUACAUAACUGGCCCACCACAUUCAUUUGAACAACAUCACCAUAAUCCAUCCAUGAUUGCUGAUUUUCAUUCAUCACAUUUUUUGCCAAGAGCACUUAUGGACGAACAUAAUAUAGCGGCUACAAUGUAUAAUGCUGCUGCAUUUCAAGCUGCAGCAUUCGGUUUCAAUGCUCUUAAUGAUACACCAUCGUCACCAAAUGUUGAUACAUUGUUUCAUCAUCCGUCAAUGAAAUUUUCAAACAAUCAUCAUCCAUAUCCAUUAUUAGCUUCACAUCAUCAUCAUCCAUCAAUGCGUGCAGCUGCACAACAAUUUGGUUCUGGUUUCAUGUCCUCUCGUGAUCAUAAUACAUUCGACAUAUAG